GUCUUGAGAUGUUGCAGCUGUGGGCCACGGGAUUGCCUGUUUGAAGAUACCCCCUCGUAGACGAAAGGAGAGGCAACGCACUGAAAAGUGGUAGUAUUUUCUCGUGUGUGGGUUCCCCCCCUUCCUCCUCCCUCCCUCCUCCUCCACUGCCAUGUGUGGUUUUUAAUAAGAAGAAGAAUGUGGAGGCAACAUUUUCCAGGUAUUCGCCCCCAAAUCAUGAACGGCCCCAUGCACCCGCGGCCGCUGGUGGCACUGCUGGAUGGCAGGGACUGCACGGUGGAGAUGCCCAUUCUGAAGGACUUGGCCACGGUUGCUUUCUGUGAUGCACAAUCAACUCAGGAGAUUCACGAGAAGGUGUUAAACGAAGCCGUCGGGGCGAUGAUGUACCACACCAUCACGCUGACUCGAGAAGACCUAGAGAAGUUCAAGGCCUUACGGGUCAUCGUCCGAAUAGGCAGCGGCUACGACAACAUUGACAUCAAAGCUGCAGGGGAGCUUGGGAUCGCCGUCUGCAACAUCCCCUCGGCCGCCGUGGAGGAGACGGCCGACUCCACCAUCUGCCACGUCCUCAACCUGUACCGCCGCAACACGUGGCUCUACCAGGCGCUGCGGGAAGGCACGAGGGUGCAGAGCGUGGAGCAGAUCCGGGAGGUGGCCUCCGGAGCCGCCCGCAUCCGGGGGGAGACGCUCGGCCUCAUCGGCUUCGGUCGCACGGCGCAGGCGGUCGCGGUCCGAGCCAAGGCGUUCGGCUUCAACGUCAUCUUUUAUGACCCGUACCUGCAGGAUGGGAUUGAGAGGUCCCUGGGGGUCCAGAGGGUCUACACGCUGCAGGACCUGCUCUAUCAGAGCGACUGUGUCUCGUUGCACUGUAACCUUAAUGAACAUAACCACCACCUUAUCAACGACUUCACGAUCAAGCAGAUGAGGCAGGGAGCGUUCCUGGUGAACACAGCGCGCGGGGGGCUGGUGGACGAGAAGGCCUUAACCCAAGCCCUGAAGGAGGGACGGAUACGAGGGGCUGCUCUCGACGUGCACGAGUCUGAACCGUUCAGUUUCGCCCAAGGCCCGUUGAAAGAUGCUCCUAAUUUAAUCUGUACCCCGCACACGGCCUGGUACAGCGAGCAGGCGUCCCUGGAGAUGAGAGAAGCUGCUGCUACUGAAAUCCGGCGUGCCAUCACAG